UACUCUCCACCCACAAGGCACUUCAAUAUAAAUUCUGCCCCUCACCUAAACUUCACAAUUUGCCGUUAUCGGUAGGCUAUUAUCUCCAACAGUAGUCUAUUUUUACAGUUACUUUUCGUUUUUAAACAUUUAAUCUCAAUGGAUCGAUACAUAUUUAUCAUUGUGUUAUUGGCGUGUGUUCUGCGGGCGGUGAGAUGCUACAGCUCCGGAAAGGUGACUGCGGCGUGUGACAAUAUGACACCGCAACACAAAAAAGGCGCGCAGCAAAGCCUCGCUCCAUUCUCUGUCACCACUGACCGGUUCAGCUUUAAGGAGGGCGAUGAAAUCAUAGUCAGGCUCCUGGCAGGUUCCACUCCAUUCACUGGGUUUAUGUUACAAGCCAGAGAGGUUGGAGGAAGCAGUCCUCUGGGAUCCUUCACUGUAACAAGUGGAGAGGCCCAGCUACUCACCUGCAACGGACUACCUAAUUCUGCAGUUUCUCACACAUCAGAUUCACCUAAAUCCUCCAUCCAGGGAAUAUGGAGGGCCCCCACAUCAGGCAACCUCAACUCCAUCCAAUUCAGUGCCUCCUUUGUAAAAGAUUACUCCACCUUCUGGGUUGGAGUGAAAAGUUCUCCAGUCACAUACAACAUCGCUGCUGCACCACCAGCUAACAGCACAUCCGUCCCCUCUACCGCCUCUUCAUCCUCAAAAGUUUCCAACUCCAGCACUGGAUGUGACAGCACUAAGGUCUGUUUCAGCCAACCUCUAUACUGUGACCCUGGGGUCAGCCCAGAUUGUUACUUCCUGUCUGCUAUGACCUCUCCCGGUGAUACAGCCAUCCAGUUGGAGAUGACCGGCCCUUCAGAUGGCUACAUCGCCAUUGGCUUCUCAGAUGACCAGAGGAUGGGAAAUGAUGACAUCUAUAUUUGUGGACGGGACAGUGGCGGGCUCAUCCAAUUGCAACACGCCUUUUCAACAGGAAGGAAGAUACCAGCGAUACUUCCUCUGGGAAAUGUUUCUGAUGUUAAAUCCUCAGUGAAUAAUGGUAUCAUUAGCUGUUCCUUCACGACUAGGAACCCCAUUUCAACUUUGCGAUCCGGAGGGUCCAGUUCCCUCUACUAUCUCAUGAUCGUUCACGGGCCCUCCAAUAAUGGGAUAAUCGGCAUUCAUACUGGCACCUUCAUCAGUGACACUAAAGUGGAUAUUUCAAGUCCUCAAGUUGUUACUAUUGAAAAAGAGCCACCUAUUAUUAAAGCACAUGGUUCCCUGAUGUUGAUAGCGUGGAUGACCACAGGUAGUUUGGGAAUGAUCAUAGCCAGGUAUCUGAAAGGUGUGGCCAAGGGGAAACAUUAUUUUGGGAAAGAUGUUUGGUUUCUGGUGCACGUGUUUCUUAUGACACUCACUGUUGCCGCCACCAUUAUUGCCUUCAUUUUGGCCUUCUCAGAAGUUGGAGGCUGGAGUGGGGGAGUCCAUCCUGUGUUGGGCUGCAUCGUUAUGAUCCUGGCCUUCUUCCAGCCAAUCGGUGCCAUGUUCCGAUGUGGACCUCAACAUCACUGGCGAUUCCUCUUCAAUUGGUCGCAUGCUUUGAAUGCAGUGGCAAUAAAAGGUUUAGCUGUGGCAGCCAUAUUUACUGGGCUGUCGUAUUUUAACACCUCUGAGGAUGGUUGGCUUCUGAAGGUGAUGGGUGGGUUUGUUGGAUGGGAGGCAACGAUGUACAUCCUGCUAGAAUUCCACAUCCGCUGGAAGCGCAAUGAUCAUACAGAGAAUGCUUCUGAAACGACAAGCAUGGAGUUGGUACUGCUGGUCUUGUUUUUCCUUGGAAAUAUAGCCUUUUUGGUGGCACUACUUGUUGGAAUUGGCUCAUCAUGAAGAUCUGCUGAGCAAUGGACUGAGAUCGGAAUGUUGUGAUACAGUAAAUCUUUAAUAUAGCUCACUGUGCAGUAUAUUUGUAAUAAUUUUAUAUUUGUUGUCAAAUGUUUUCAAGUAUCUGUCCAUUGAUUGAGGAUCGAAUGCGAUCAGAUCGUCAAUUUAUACAGUACCGGUAUCCCUCCAUAUAACUAUGACAGACUCUCCAUGAGGAUAGGCAUAUUGGAAAUUUAACCAGGGUUUAUUUACUGACACUACUUUCUUAACAAAAAGUAAGGAAUUCUUAACAGACUUUCUUGCACAAUACAGGUUCAGUGGACCCAAUUAUUGUACUGGAUGCUUUUAAAUGUACCUUUAGGGGCCAUUAAAUUCAAUUGUCAUCCCAAAAAUGGUAUCGGUCAACAGAGAAAAUAAUUUCAACAGAAAUAGAACAUUUAACAUUACACAAUGGUGUUGAAUGUACUACAUAAUCACUGAAUAAUCUAGAGACUUAACAAAAAGAGAUUUUGGAAUUUAUUCAUGAAAGACGGGGUUAAAAAAAUAAAAUUACCAGAGCAAAUUCAAUAUAGAAACCCGACCAAAAAGAACCUACAGAAAAAGUUACAAACGAUGGAGAAAUCCUUCUCACCAAAGGAGAUUCUGAAUGAGGAAGGUCGUCCAACCUCAUUUGAUGAUGAGUUUUGUGAUAUACAGUACCAGUCAAAAGUUUGGACACAUCUACUCUUUAUUUUUACUAUUUUGUAUCUUGUAGAAUAAUAGUGAAGACAUCAAAACUAUGAAAUAACACAUGUUGAACUAUGUAGUAACCAAAAAAGUGUUAAACCAAAAUAUAUUUUAUAUUUGAGAUUAUUCAAAGUAGCCACCCUUUGCCUUGAUAACAAAUGCUCAGCAUAUGUGGAAAUGUCUUCAAGACUGUUGGAAAAGCAUUCCUCAUGAAGUUGGUUGAGAGAAAGCCAAGAGUUUGCAAAGCUGGCAUCAAGGCAAAGGGUGGCUACUUUGAAGAAUCUUAAAUAUAAAAUAUAUUUAGAUUUGUUUAGCACUUUUUUGGUUACUACAUGAUGCCAGAACGUGUUAUUUCAUAGUUUUGAUGUCUUCACUAUUCUACAAUGUAGAAAAAUAAAGAAAAACCCUUGAAUGAGUAGGUGUGUCCAAACUCUUGACUGGUACUGUACGUUUCCCCCAAAAUCAUGUUAAACUAUCUGCUAUACAAAAUUAUCUUGUGAAGGCCUAAUUACACAGGACUAACUAUUGUUGGCAAUUGAUUACUUUCAGUCGUGGAAAACGCCUUGCCUCGAUGGCAUUCCAAUAGAGAUAGGCUUUUUAUGAACUACUGAAAGAUCAAUUACUGUCAUGUUUUAAUUAUUCAUAUAUAAAUGGCAAACUAUCAGACACACAAAACGAGGGACUGAUCUCUCCUACUGAAGCAGGAGCCAGGGGGGCAGUACAAAGAGCCAGUCUCUUAAAACAAUUGGAGUCACCCCAUUGUGCUAAAAUAUUGGCAAAAUGUAUUGCUCAUAGAAUUAAAAAGGUCCUACUGGUAAAUUAAGUGAACAACAUUAUUUGGGUAUUAGCAAACAGAAUAUGAGCUUUAAAAAUGUGAUAUAAAAAAUAAAACAAGGUUUUCACUGGACAGUUACUUUAAAGAAUUUUGCUGUGAGAAUCAUGACACAAAAACACCUCUUAUUUCAUUGGAUGGCAAAGUUGUGUUUUUAUACUCUCACACCAUUAUCAUUAUAUUACAUGACAUUUAAAAUAAAGUGAUUGCACACAAUAUGUACAACAAAAUCCAUACAAAUUAUGAAUUUAUUUACAUUGUUAUUAUAAUCAUACAGUGCCGGCCAAGUAUAUUGGCACCCUUGCACUUUUAUUCAAAUAAGUUUAAAUUAAAUAUAUUUACCGGUAGUCAAAUUUAAUUUAGUAAAAUGUAAUUUAAUUUAGUAUUUAAUUUAGUAAAAUAAAAUGGUACAACAUUUUUGACACCCAAACUUGGUUGCACAGACAAGUGAACUGCAAAACAAGCAACUUAUUUUAAAAGAAAUAGAGAAUUAUUUAAGAAAAGUGCAAGGAUGUCAAUCAUAGAGAUGGAAAGAGGCAUUAUAUUUGGGUGGGCUGCUGUGCUUUUUGAGGCCAUCUUCAUUCAUAAGUAGUACAUUUCUUAUUUUAUGUUUGAAAAAAGUGUCAAACUAAUAUCAAACACAGUACAGUAUGAAGAUAGGCAGAAACUGCUUCUCCAAUAGAAAGACUAGAUCACGCUUGUAGUCGAUGUCAUGGCGACGUUGGCUAGCUAAGCUCAUGCGCAGAAACACGUCAUCAGGUCGAACUGUCUUGUUGUACGAACUGUGCAUGUGCAGACUGACAAAUUAAAGGCACUUCUUCGAUAUAAAGUUGUUUUUGACUAAAAUUAAAACAUUUUAGUUUGUCACUCUCACGAGGUUGGAGUCAUAACAUGUUCAUCUACUUAAGACAUUGGCUCGCCUCUAGGUUGUGCCUUUAUAUUUAGAGAUAAUUAACAACAAAGGAAGAAUUUCUCACUUCUCUCAUUGACUCAUACCAAAUGCCUUUUAUAAAAGAUAUUUGACACUCAACAAGUGGGAUACAUCGCCGAAAAUUGGAGAAGUCUCAAUUGAACUAGUCUACUCCUUCAGCCUUGAUAGCAUUCCGGAGCGUGCCUGUUCGAACUGAGGAUUUAUAGUAUGGUAAGAAGCCAUUAGUUACAGGCCGCUUUUUUAAUGACUGUUGCCAGCCAAUUCUUUUAGAACAUGCCGCCCAAAAAAGUGUCGAAAGUGAGAUAUACAUCUGGUGAGAUUUAUAGUUCUAAUGAAACGGUGGUAACUUUUCAGCUUCGUGCUUCUUCUUGGCCGUCCAACUGAUUGACUUUUGUUUUAAAGUAAUGAUGGACUGUCUUUUCUUUUUGCUUAUUUGAGCUGUUCUUGCCAUAAUAUGGAUUUGGUCUUUUACCAAAUAGGGCUAUCUUCUGUAUACCAACCCUACCUUGUCACAAGAGACUGUAGAGACAGCAUCUAAGAUGGACGUUUGUAUACAUGGUUUCAUGGGGCCUGCCAUCUUUCUAGAUCCAGUUUUACUGGGAUUACUACGCCUGCGCACUAGCACUCAGUGCAAACAAGGAGCAGUGCCGCUGUCAUCACGUUAUCCAAAAACAUGACAGACAUUGGACGAAUACAAUUUUAAUAUCUUUGGCUUUCACUCACAGUUUAGCAGUUGCUUAGGUACUGCAUCUCUACCCGACAGAUGAUAACAAAACGAUCAGUAUAAUUGAUUGAUAGUUGUUACUCAGCAGUCUUAAAAGUAUGCCUUGUCUAUUUUUAAGAACUAUUGAAAUAGUGAUUUUUGUCAGACAACAGGCAGUUUGUUGUUUACUUGUCUCAUGAUUAUACUGUACGUUCCAUGUAUUGGGCCUAAUUACUCUAUUUAAACUGAGCUUUAGUAUUUCAUUUUCUUCUGUUUGUUCGUUUUUUAAAAAUGUUUUUUUAUUGUAAUUGUUUUAUCAUUUUGUUGUCUGUUAAUGUGUGGAAUUCCAAUAAAAACAUUAUUACAAAAUUA